AGAGACAGCGAGGGGCGGAGCUGGGGUUGCGGUGGACAGUGAGGGUUGUUUGUAAGCGGAGGUCUGCGCGUCUAGACCCGACAUGAGCAGCCCGGAGCGGGACGAGGGGACCCCUGUCCCCGACAGCCGCGGCCUCUGCGAUGCUGACACUGUCUCGGGGACCCCAGACCGGCGACCGCUGCUCGGCGAGGAGAAGGCGGUGACAGGUGAGGGCCGCGCUGGGAUCGUGGGGAGCCCAGCGCCCCGAGAUGUCGAGGGCCUUGUCCCCCAGAUGCGGGUGGCCGCAGCUAGGCAGGGAGAGACACCUCCUUCCGUUCGGGGCCCCGCGGCAGCGGCGUUCGUGACACCGAAAUAUGUGGAGAAGGCCCACGAAACUCGGGGAGCGGAGUCCCAGGCCCGUGACGUGAAGACGGAACGGGGCACGGUCGCGGCUGCAGCGGAAAAGUCAGAAGUGGCGACGCCAGGGAUCGAGGAGGUGAUGGAGGUGGAGCAGAAGCCCGCGGGCGAAGAAAUGGAGAUGCUGGAGGCGAGUGGAGGAGUGAGGGAGGAGCAGGAGGAGGCAGGGCCCUGGCACCUGGGCAUAGAUCUUCGCAGGAACCCGCUGGAGGCCAUCCAGCUGGAACUGGACACUGUGAAUGCUCAGGCCGACAGGGCCUUCCAACAUCUGGAGCAGAAGUUUGGGCGAAUGCGACGACACUAUCUGGAACGGAGGAACUACAUCAUUCAGAAUAUCCCAGGCUUCUGGAUGACUGCCUUCCGGAACCACCCUCAGUUGUCCGCCAUGAUUAGGGGUCGGGAUGCAGAGAUGUUAAGGUAUGUAACCAGUCUGGAGGUGAAGGAACUGAGACACCCUAAGACUGGCUGCAAAUUCAAGUUCUUUUUUCGAAGAAACCCCUACUUCAGAAACAAGCUGAUUGUCAAGGAAUAUGAAGUGAGAUCAUCUGGUCGAGUGGUGUCUCUUUCCACUCCAAUCAUAUGGCGGAGAGGGCAUGAGCCCCAGUCCUUCAUUCGCAGAAACCAAGAUCUCAUUUGCAGCUUCUUCACCUGGUUCUCGGACCACAGCCUUCCAGAAUCUGACAGAAUCGCUGAGAUUAUCAAAGAGGAUCUGUGGCCAAACCCACUGCAAUACUACCUGUGUCGUGAAGGAAUCCGUAGACCCCGACGUCGCCCAAUAAGGGAGCCAGUGGAGAUUCCCAGGCCUUUUGGCUUCCAGUCAGGUUAAUCUUUGCAUUUGAAAAUGCGGCUGGAACUGGUCCCUUCUCACCUGUGCUUGAGCAAAUGCAACGGGUAUGCAGUGUUUUGAUUUCUCUCCUCCUGACUUUUCUGCAUCUUCUAUCUGGAUAGUCUCCACCUCGAGAUUAAGACUGGACAUGCUUCUGCUUUCACAUGGCCUUCAUGCUGUUCUGAAUUAGUAUCUGCUGGUUCAUGGCCCUGGCUUAUACCCUUUCUAAGCUUAACAAUGAAACUGUAUGUUACACGGCCUUUACACUGUUUGGACCCUAUUGUUUUCAGUCUUACCUGUUUACUGCCACCUAGAUGUCUUGCUUUAACUGGGGGCCUUUCUAUUUAUCUGUUCAUCAUGUGGCAACGUGGACACAGUUUUUGGACAGUUGCUGAGCCUAAACACUGAAGGAGUGGGCCACCGUCUGUGUGAUUUUUUUUUUUUGGCACCACUUUCUAGGUUAUAUCACACUCCAUUGUGUUUGCCAGUGCUCCUUACCCGCACUCCCACCUUUCUCCUGCUAUUUUAAAAAAAGUAGUUCAGAAACACCUGUAAGGCCAGGAGUUGUGAUUCAUUUAUACUUAGCAUUUCCUGAGAAGAUACUCUAUAAAAGAGGAAACAACUCUGCCUUGUCUCCUCUCUUACACACCCCCCAGCCUGGUUAGCAAGCUCUAAAAAGCUUCCAGGGAGACAGCUAGAUGGAAACAGCUGAGCUCUUCCUAAUAUAUGGAAGAACUAAAGAAGUUUUGAUAGGUACUCUAAGCAGGAAAAGUGAGCUGAAAAGGCUUAGAAUCAAAAGAAGUCAGAUAAAAAAAUGGGCUGAGAAUGAAGACAGGACACAGCUUUCACAUCUUGGUCAGUCAGUGGUGAUGGGAAGAGAACUAAUUUCUCAGGAAAAAAUAUUUUCUCUGAGUGUUGAAUGUUGCCUAGAUAGUGCUUCUUUAAAGAAGCAGUGCAAGUUUGAGUUAUUUUCCUCUCUUUAUAUGUGAUCUGAUAUAAGUGAAAGUAUAAUAUUGUGCCCAUAUUUUACCAAUAUUUAGUAAAAUGCUACUUGUUUCAACUUCCUGAAAAAAUUUAAACACUUUUGUUUGCAUUCAUUUGAAACCAUUUGGAAUAUUGUAAGACAACUCACUCUGUAGACCAGACUGGUCUUGAACUCAGAAAUCCGCCUGCCUUUGCCUUCCAAGUGCUGGAAUCAAAGGCGUGCGCCACCACUGCCUGGCUAACAAUAGUCUUUAUAAUACUGAGACUGAAUAUUCGUAACAGUUUUCGAUAUUAAUCCAAAUUCUUAGAAACGGUUUGGAUAAUUUGGUCUUAAUCAAAUGUGUCAAAUUACUGUUUUCCUGGAAAAGUAAAUAUGUGACUUGAUUGUCUUGAUAUAGUUAUAAAAGUACUUUGUCAGCUGUAUAUUUGUUGCCAUUUUUAUGCAUGAUGGUAAAUAAAAGCAUGGCAUCCUGUUGGA